AUGGCCACAUGGAAAAACAGAGCCGUCUGUAGAGCCACUGACAUGUCCAGGGGCGGAAACACAACAGAUAAGGCUGAUGACAAGGUGGAGCGCUGUGUUCGAGGGAGCUGGUGGCUGGGAACACUGAAAGACACUCCCAUCCCAGGACUCUAUCACAUUCGUGACUUCAUUGAAGAAGCUGAACUGAACCCAGUGAGGAAGACAUAUGGGUUCAAAGGUGUGGGGAGGAAACCCCAACCUCAGGGUGUUCGUAAGGGGGAUUUGCUUCUACCAGGGGCUUAUAAAUACACUGACUCCAUCCAGGAACUUCUGAUGAACCGGGCAUCAUACUCUUUCAAAAACUGUCCACGGCCUGACAUCGUCACGCUGGGUAUCAGGGACAAGCAUAUAAACACCUCACCCUGUGACUACAAUGUGACAGAGAAACCAGUGGAGAAGACUCCCUGCAAGCAUGUGAUGUUUCGCUCGACUGUGCAGCGGAUCAGCUUUCCACCUAAGGAGGGCCCUGCUCCAUGCCAGUAUAAUCCACAGUCCAGACCCUCUAGAGGCAUUACUUCCUGUUUCAGGUCUAGAUUACCACGACUCCACUUUGAGCACUCAAAAACCCCUGGACCGGGGGCCUACGAGCCAUGUUGGAAGCUGGGUGACCGUCUGACAGAUGCCACUGACCCAUCGUUCAGCCUCUUCUACAGGAACUUGUAG